AUUUGGUGCUUCUUUGCUAACACCGUACAAAUCAAAAUGGAGGAAACAUCUGUCAAAUGUCAACUUAUUUUGCAGAGGAAAAAGUGAUUUUUAAAGAUAGACAUGGGAAACUCGAAAUCCACCAAGGUGGAGCAUGUCUCCCUUCACAUGCCUCAAAAGGAAAGAGAGCUCCACCUGGCUGUAAUGGCAAAUGACCGUGAGGGAGUGAGAGCUCUCAUAAGUGCAGGUGCCGAUGUGAACUACCCCUGGAGUAACCCGGCUGUACCCAGUGUGAAGGACAGCACCACACCAUUGCUGGCAGCUGUGUCAUUGAAUCAUGUCGAGAUUUCCAUGAUCCUGCUCAAGGCCGGAGCCGCCAUAAACCUGGCGGACAGGAACGGUUGCACUCCACUCUACAAGGCUGCGUACCAUGGGAGACCUGUACUGGUGGACAUUCUUACACAGGCUGGUGCAGAUUUAAACAAAGCUGACAAGGACGGACAGACACCCCUGUAUAUCUGUGUGCAAAAUGCAGUCAUCCAUUCCAGUUAUGCCACAGUGGAGAUGCUCCUAGCUUCCAAUGCCAAUGUUGACCAGAGUGACAGAAAUGGCAAAGCUCCAAUACACGUGGCAGCACACUGGAAAAUUAAGGACAUGAUACGGAUACUGGCCUCAAAAACGACCGUGAACAAAAUAGACUACAUGGGCCGUACACCACUAUAUGUGUGUGUGAGCUCGUUGAGUACGGGACUCUAUAAGGAGGACCUGAAGUACCAAGUCCCCUGCAUUAAACUAUUGUUCCAUGCUGAGUGCGAUAUGCUGAACCUUAUUGAUUGGCUGAAAUGGAAGGGGCCAGGGAUUCCCGCAGAAUUACUGGCCAACGACGAAGAGUUCUUCCAGUGGUACACAAAAAGUUUCAAUUCGCCGCACUCGCUGAAGAACUUGAGUCGUAAGGUGAUCCAGCAGAGGUUGACUGACAACUGGAAGGACAGUUUCCUGAAGAAGAUAACUUAUCUGCCGCUUCCAGCAAAACUGCACGAGUUUGUGUCGCACAAGAUGUUCCUUAUACCCAGCCCCACUGUGUUGCAUAAUGAGAUCUAGUGGCUGGGUGUCAGGUCAUAGUGCACCUACCUUGAGGUGACAUGGUGAUUUUUAUGCAUACUAUUGUACCUGUGCUUGGUUUUCUAUUGCAAGCUUUGUGUUGGCAUUAUAUUCAAGAUGGUAGUAAAGGGUGAGAACAGAGUGUCUGAUGAAAAAUAUUGUAAUAUUAUCAAAGAUAGCAGUUGUAAGCUUAAUUAUUAAUAUUUUUUGACAGUAUACAUAAAAUUAUUGGGUGAUCAUUAACAAGGCCUCACUUCUUUCACUGAAAAUAAAUGCUUCAAAAUUUUGCUGUCCGGAAGAUUUGAAUAGCUUAGUGCUUAGCCUGAUGAGUUUUAUGUUUUAAUUGAAUCUGAAUCAAGAUUUGUGUUUUCUAUUUCAUUGAUAGAUUUAAGGAUAAAUAAUUGAUUUCCAAUCACAAAAUAAUACAGUUAUGCAGUCACAAACAUGCUAGGAAAGUUAAAUGUUAUGUGAAUUAGUCUGGGGCAUGUGUUGAUUUAAAAGGGUUUUAGCCCCCAGUGCUAUGGCAAAGACCAUUCCCAGACGGUGAUCCCAAUUUUUUCAUGUUUGCGUGCUUGUUAAAACCCUUUUUUCUUACAUUUGUUGGUUCUCACUGUUUGGUAACUUGCAAUAAAUAAAGGACCGCAUGAAAGUUUCUCACUUGCUGUAGCAGAAGAAGUUUCACAACCAGCUUUGUUUCAAAUAAACAACUUACACCCGUUUUAAGAAUAUUAUUUUAAACGGUUUCCAAAAUAUAAUUAAUUGUUUUGUUUUUUUAAUCUGAAAUGGUAUAGUCACUCUGUGCAUUGGGUACUCUACAAUGGUUUAGUUUAAACUUAUUUAUUUUAGCUCGAUUGCAUUGAAAGCCUAAGCCUUAAAUAAACGCUCUCGAGUCCGAUUCCUAGGCCUAGAACCAGUACUUUGGGUCUUUGGGAGAGAUCUAAAGAACGGAUCGAACCCAUGACCUCCCGGUCGUUACAAUGGUUAAAAAUCUACUUGAUCCUUCAGCCAAUCAGGUUAAAGCUUUAUCGAGCCUUACAGGGCUCAUAAUUGAUAUGUCGCCUGUUGAAUGAUGUCCGUUCAUCACAAGUUUGUUUUAUUUGAUUUUUGAUUUUAUUUUGAUAUUGUUUGAUAGUUUAUAAUGCUAGAACCUCAGCUUAGUGGAUGUGCUUUGUUUGCUUCAACUGAAGAAUAUACAUGUAUAGGUAUAAUAACUAUUAAUCAGUUGAUUAAUGAGCUAUUUCUCUUUCAUCCCCAGACUGGUGUGAAAGGACUGGUAAUUAAAUAUUCCCUUUUUAAAACUAGUAUAUUAUACAGGUAGUCUAUUAUUUUAAAAGAAAGAAAAUUCUUUUAAGUUAAUUUCUUGUUUCCUCUAAAGAUAGAACAUAUUUUAUAUUUUGUGAAAUAAAGUCCCUAAAUGUAAGACUAAUGGAUACAUAUUUGAUUAAUAAAACUGAUAUAAAUAGCAUUUGCAUAUGUGCUUAACAUGCUUCAAUAGUUAAAAAAAAUUGGUUGAUACAAUUCUGUUUGUAAUUGAGAUGUAGUUUUUAUGUUUUGCGGUCCUUUAUUGAGUAAAUCAAUAAAUGUAUGCAUACAGUUUUCAUGGCAUUGUUUACCAUUUUUAUUCUAAUUAAUUUUAGCAAUUAGUUAAGGAGGUAUUUGUGUGUUAAGUCUUAAGGUAAUUUUAGGUUGAAAGUCACUCUGAAACUUUACAAUUAUAAAAGGGUUACCACGGAUUUCAAUAAACGCAGAAUUGCAGAUUCCUGCAAUUUGAAACAAGCAUAUUCAAAUUAAUGUUAUUUUGACUGUAGAACAUUUUCUGCUUUGCAUCAUUUUGAUGCAACAUCAAUCACACUCAUUAAUAGUGCCAUUGUUAUGACUCAAUUAUGCUGCUAAGUAGUAUCAGCCCUGUGUAUUUUAAAGGUUACAUUAUACUAUAUUUGUGUCAGACCAUUUAAAUUGAAACUCAUUGAAUGUUUUAAUGUUAAAACAUUCAUGCAAUAAAGCUUGGUUAUUGAAAUAGAAUCAAAUUUUAAAUCAGGGAUCUUUUGACUCCUGAUUGUUUUUUAUCUUCUGAUAUCCCUGGGUAACCAAUAAUUUGAAGGGACUUGUUCACAGUUUGGUUUAAUGAUGAUUUUCAAAAUUAUUGUCAUAGAUUUAAAAAGAAAAAUGUAUGCAUUAUGUUUAAACAAGCGAAAUAGCAUUCCUGCCUAAGAAAAGUCCUUAAAAUAUUUGUUAAUUGAAGGAUAAUUAUCAUUCAAAAUUGGUAAAAUAAUAAAACAUUUGUAACGCAUAAAACGUUUGUAACGCUUUUUCUUGAUAAUUUCAAAAUUACGCAAAGUUUUGAUAUAAAAUGUAGUGGUUAUCUUUCGCACUUAAAAUAAAAAAUCUGUGUGGCACAGUGGUAAUGCAUCACUUUUGCUUACAGAAGUCCCGGGUUCAAUUGUCAGGAAAGGCAAUAUUUUUUUAUUCAACUGUUUUUCAUGGUAUUAUAAUUGGUUAAAACAAUUAAAAACAUAAUUGAUUUGUGAGUAUACUAAUGUAAUCACAUUUUUCCAAAAUACAAACAUCUGUGAACAAGUCCUUGUAAGUUUUUUUUAUCAGUAAGCUGUUGAUGGUUAUAAUUAUCCACUAUUUUAUUUAAGUUUUUCUUGAGAUAUGAACAUGUUUGCUGUAUAUUUUGCUUUAAAAGGUUUGGAAAAGAACAAAAUAUUUACCAGUAUAAUAAAUUUGUUUUAUUCUUUAAGAAAUGUAUCUCUAUCUUUUUCAAUGCUGGCAUUGAGGGGUACUUGCUGGUUACAAGUAACUGAUUUUUUCCUAUUGCUUGAUUGUUCCUACUAAAAUUGGUAUUUUUUUUAAUGAUCCGUUUGUUUUGAAGUAUAUUUUGUGAAUUAUCAAAGUUAUUACACUUUUUGAUGCUGCAGGGUAUUUGGAUACUUCAAAUCAGCUGUUAUUUUUAUUUACAUUAACUAUAUUUUUAGGAUUUAAUGUGCAUUACAUUAAAUUAAUGUUUUUAUGAUACUUUAUAUUCAAACUUAUAUCCUUGCCUAGGUUUUAGGUUUUUCAAUGUUCUGAUGGCAUGUUAGUUAAUUUAUUUUUUAGACGGGAAAGGCCAUUCUUUCAUAUAAAGCAUCUGGAAUGGGCUAUGGAACAAAAAACUGAACUGUUCAUUUGGUUAUAAAUAAUCGAAUGAAGCUGGAGCAAAAUGUUUCACCUGUAUAACACUCGGAUACUUUAAUCCUUUCUCACUCAGAAGCAAAGUGAAAAUGGCUAUGUGCAAACAGCAUAAAACCAGAACAGCCUGCGAGUAACUCAGGUCUGUUCAGGUUUAAUGAUGUUUGCUGCUCUUAACGGUUGAAAAUGAAGCAUUCACAACUUGAAUCUAGUAAAAAAAGUCUUCAUAAUUCUAUUGCUUGUACAACUUUUUAUUCAGGAAUGUGUGUACCAGUUUGAAUAAGAAGUCAAGCAUAAUAAUUGUCAGCAUUAUUAUUAUUUUUAUUUUUAUGGAUUGAAUAUAUAAAAAAAAUACAAAAAAAAUAAAAUGGUAUUAUGCAAUGUAUACAUCAUUGUAACCUUUUAUUUAUAAUUAUUCAAAUCAAUACAAAGCUAACACCUUAGGCCAAGUUAUUUUCAAAGUUCAUUUGUCAAUUUUUGUUGUUACACCAACAUGAAAAUAUUGAGUGAAUUGUUUUGUUUUUCUGGUUAUUUUUAGCUCCCCUGUCACGAAGUGACAUGGUGAGCUUAUGUGACCGUGUGAUGACCGGCGUCCAUAUGUGCGUGUGUGCGUGCGUGUGUGCGUCUGUCGACAAUUUGUUUGUGUAGACAGUAGAGGUCACAGUUUUCAUCCAAUCUUUAUGAAAUUUUGUCAGAAUGUUUAUCUUGAUGAAAUCUGGGUUGGGAUUGUAUUUGGGUCAUCUGGGGUCAAAAACUAGGUCACUAGGUCAAAUAAUUGAAAAUAAUUGUGUAGACUAUAGAGGUCGCAGUUUUCAUUCAAUCUUUAUUAAAUUUGGUCAAAAUGUUUAUCUUGAUUAUAUCUGGGUUGGGAUUGUAUUUGGGUCACCUGAGGUCAAAAACUAGGUCACUAGGUCAAAAACUAGAUUGAAUUAUAGAAAAACCUUGUGUAGACAAUAGAGGUCGCAGUUUUCAUCCAAUCUUUAUGAAAUUUAUUCAGAAUGUUUAUCUUGAUGGAAUCUGGGUUGGGAUUGUAUUUGAGUCAUCUGGGGUCAAAAACUAGGUCACUAGGUCAAAUAAUAGAAAAACCAUUAACAAUUUGUUUGUGUAGACAGUAGAGGUCACAGUUUUCAUUCAAUCUUUAUGAAAUUUGGUCAGAAUGUUUAUCUUGAUAAAAACUGGGUUGGGAUUGUAUUUUGGUCAUCUAGUGUCAAAAACUAGGUCACUAGGUCAAAAACUAGGUCACUAGGUCAAAUAAUAGAAAAACCUUGUAUAGACAAUAGAGGUCGCAGUUUUCAUCCAAUCUUUAUGAAAUUUGGUCAGAAUGUUUAUCUUGAUGAAAUCUGGUUUGGGAUUGUAUUUGGGUCAUCUUGGGUCAAAAACUAGGUCAAAUAAUAGAAAAACCUUGUGUAGGCAAUAGAGGUCACAGUUUUCAUCCAAUCUUUAUAAAAUUUGAUCAGAAUGUUUAUCUUGAUGAAAUCUGGGUUGGGAUUGUAUUUGGGUUACCUGAGGUCAAAAACUAGGUCAAUAGGUCAAAUAUUAGAAAAACCUUGUGUAGACAAUAGAGGUCACAGUUUUCAUCUAAUCUUUAUGAAAUUUGAUCAGAAUGUUUAUCUUGAUGAAAUCUGGGUUGGGAUUGUAAUUGGUUAGUCAGGUGAGCGAUUCAGGGCCGUCAUUGCCCACUUGUUUACAGUUUUCAUGGCCUUUACUUAUGAUGAACAAGAUUUAUUUUGGAAUAGGCAAAAUAACCAACAAUCACUUUAAGUUGAUGUGCAUAAUAGUUUACUUUGGUUACUUUUAAAGAUAUGUAUUUGAACCCCAUUUUUGCUAGUGCAUUUUUAUGUCCGCCACCACUAUAGUGGGGGACAUAUUCUUUUUGCCCUGUCUGUUGGUUGGUGUGUUUUUUUUGUUUUGUUUGCUCAAACUUUAACAUUUACCAUAACCUUGGCAAUAUGGAAGAUAGCAACUUUAUAUUUGGCAUGCAUGUGUAUCUCAUGGAGCUGCUUAUUUUGAGUGGUGAAAGGUCAAUGUCAUCCUUCAAGGUCAAAGGUCAAAUAUAUAUGUAGCUUCAAAGCAGCGCAAAAGGGGACAUAAUGUUUUUGACAAACACAUAUCUUGUUUUGAUUUUGCAAAUGAAUAUAAAAGUGUAUGUUAAAGGUAUAUAUUAACAAUUGUCCUCUGCUCAUAAAGAAUCAUAUACAAAUAAUAAAAACACAUUUUAAGUGAUUCUUUUGAAGAUUUUGAUGACUUUAAACACUAUUGUCAACAAUCAGUCAAAAGUACAUGUAUAUGUAUGAGUCAAUUAUCUCUUUGAUUCUCUCUUAGGAAAGGUUUUACUUAUUAAGCUCCAACAAAUAUUUAUGCAUGAAGCCAAAUUGGAGUUCAAUAAAAAACUAAAAUAAGUCCGAUUGUUUAUGCUCGUAUUGGGUCAAAGUUUUAGGAAAUUAUUUCUAUGUUGCUUUAUGAGCAGCAGGCAAUUGUUUUCAUGUCUGAUUAUAGAAAUGUGUGUAGUAAACACACUUGGGUUAUUAAGCAUAAAUGGCAGAGUUUUGUCAGAAAAAAGUUUUUUUCUAACUUGUGUGUUGAUUAUAGAAAAGUACAGUAUAUGUAUUUUCACAUUGAUUAUGUAUUUGUUAAUAUGUGCACUGUAUGCUAUUUGAUAUAUCUUUGAAUUUGUGAAUUUUUUAAACAUGUAAGUUUUUAAGUUUUGUUUUGCAUUAUAUGGGUACAGUUUUACAAUUUAAAUUACUGGUAAAACAUGUAUUUACAUUUCUUUGCUAUUUUUAUUCGAAAGUAUUCUUAUUGUUUUAUUUAAAAUUGUUUGAAUUAUUUUUUUUAUUCACAUUUAGUAUCUGUCUCAACAAAAGGUCUGCAAAAGAGAGUAAUUUCAUAAUGUUGUAAUGUUUGUCGUAAACAUGAUUUAUCACUCGAAAUAAGGCACAGAGGCAUUUAUAUACAUAGUUUAAGUAAGUUUUAAACCUAUGAUUUUUUGUUUAAGAACAGUUCGGCAAAACUGCGAUUGGUCAAUGCUGAAAUCUAUGUGAAUUAAAGAUUUGUAUGCAUGUUACUUUUAGAGUAUAUGUUAGGUUAAAUCAGACCCAUCCCAAACAGAUUAUAUUGGAUAAACACUGAUCCAAUUUGUGGAAAUAUUUGGACAGUGAGGUGAAAUGAAUGAGGACAGCCGAUUAAAUGUGUCUUGUUCUAGGAAAACUGGGCUUAAUGCAUGUGGGUAAAGUGUCGUCCCAGAUUAGCCUGUGCAGUCCGCACAGGCUGAUCAGGGACUACACUUUCCGCCUAAACUUGAUUUUCGGUAAGGAGGGACUUCCUUGAAACUAAAAAUACCAUUAAAGCGGAAAGUGUCGUCCCUGAUUAGCCUGUGCGGACUGCACAGGCUUAUCUGGGAUGACACUUUACGCACAUGAAUUAAGCCCAGUUUUCUCAGAACAAGACAUAAAUUAUAAGAGCCUUACUCUGUGAAAAGGGGGCUUAAUGCAUGUGCGUCAAGUGUCAUUUCAGAUUAGUCUCAUCUUCAGAUACCCACGACUAAUUCAUUCCAUUAGUCUUCAACAUUAGAUAAAUGGAGAGUAGCCGAAUGGGUUAAACGUGGGUUUUCUGACGAUGGAUUAGUCUGUGCAGUCCGCUCAGGCUAAUCGGGUACGACACUUUUCGCCUUAACUUGAUUUGUGCUAAGAUGAGACUUUCUGUAAACCGUAAACGAAAAAUAAUGUAACCAAAAAAACUGCACAGGCUUAUCUGAGACAACACUUUAUGCACAUGCAUUUAACCCCAUUUUCACAGAGCACAGCCCAUAGAAAUAAGUAUAUUGUAAUAAAACUGUAUAUUACAUUGUGCACAUGUCCAUGCAAGCGAAUGAGAAAGCUGGGUUAUUUGAACUCUUGAAUUCACCGCUUCAGUAAAUGGAAGACAAGUUCACAUUGCAAAAAUGAUGUUAAACACUUAAGUAAAAAUGAACAUGUGUACAUGGCUGGUGACUACCAGUAAGUAAUCAUUUUGUGGUUAUUUUAUACUGGCACAUUCACCAUGUAUUUUAUACUGGCACAUUCACCAUCUACUAAACUGUGUAGAGCCUUAAGAAGGACUCCGUUUUUUCUAACAUAAGCAUAGUUAUGGCACAUUUUACACACACACACAAACGCAUUUUGGAACUUGUGUCACACUGUUAACUACUGGUGUUAUUAAACUUAAUAUUCCUAAAAGUAACCAUGUGAACUUAUGAAUUGACCAUUUGUAGGCAGUUAUUUUAGACAUGUUUGACAAAAGUGAAAUGCUGUGGCAUCUGUGUUAUAUAUACCUCCAUGGAGAUUUGUUUUCAUAUUUUCUUCUUUAAUUGCCUGUAUUAUUUUCUAGCAUGAAAAGUAGAAAAUGUAUGUGCAUUUAUAAGCAUGUAUCAAUAUGCAUCAUGUUUUCUUUUAAAUUUAUUAGUGUGCAUUAUGAUGUACCGUUACAGUAGACUUAAGUAUUGGCUGUAUAACUUUGCCAUUGAAUUGCUAGGAGUAUGUUUUUGUUAGCUUAAAUACAUUAUUACUCAUAUACAUUUUAAUUAUUUAAGAUUUUAACUUUUUGUUGUCUUAUCAGUUAAAUGAAAACUUUGGAUAAUACUUGUAAAUAGUGUGAGUAGUCUAUAAAGAUCUGUAAUGACAAAAUAAUGUUCAUUACGUUUUUCUUCUUCUGUUAGUUUUAAAAUAUGCUAUAUUGGCCACAAUGUUUAACAAUUUUGAUAAAUUAUCAUUUUAUUAUGAAUUUGUUUUACAGAAACUAAAAUUUAUAAAUUAAAGAUAAUUUAUUAAUUUAGUGUGCAUAUUAAUCUUUCAUUAAAUGUAAUUGAACUAUUAAUAAUUGUUUUAGUAAUUGCGAAUCAUGUGGCACAAUGCUAUUUUAUGUACAUGUUAAAAAAUUUAAUUCUUUAAAUAUCUCUUCACAAUAAAAUCUCUUGCAGUUUAACCCUCUUCCACUCAGAAGCAAAACAAAAAUGGCUGUUUGCAUCCAGCAUACAACCAGAACAGCUUUCAAGUAACUAGCUGUCUGCGCAGAUGCUAUGCUGUUUGCAUCAGUAUCUUUUAUGCUUAAAUAAAUUAUGUAGAAAAAAUAUUAAAUUUAAUUUAAUUUUUGCAAGGGCUACAAAUGCUUCAAAAUGCAUAUCUGGGUGGUAAAAGAGUUAACUGGUUUGAUUGUGCAAUUUUCACCUAUACCUUGUUAUACUGAACAUUGUCUCGGUAUUUGUUAAUGCAGGUCAUUAACAACUCUUGCUUUGUUUCAACUAUUUCAGUGUUUCAAUAAAUAUUGGACCUUCUCAAUUAA